AUGUUCAAGUUCUUCGGGAGCAACUUCUACAACUUCGAAGCAACCCGGAUACUGGGCAGUACGAGCACCGAGGGCUGCGAGGUGGCCGAGUUCACCGAGGCCGUCUCCAAGAUUCGGCAGCACGACCCGGAAAGCUGGUACCAUGCGUGGCAUGAACAAUCGCAACGAGCCGAGGCAAUCGCCCGAGAGGCGAUCCGGUCCGGCCACGUCGACGCGGCGAGAAAGGCGCUGCUUCGGGCGUCCAACUAUGCCAGAGCAUCGGGCUACAUGUUCCCCUGGGCGGGCAACGACGACCGCAUUCUACAGGCAGCCGAGCGGUCGAUAUCUUUGUUCCGGGAGGCGAUCCCGUACAUGGAUUGUCGAGUCAUGGUGCUGGAGAUUGCGUACCAGGAGGGGGACGAGCCCCCCUUGCCUGGCUACCUUUAUUUGCCGCCGCCGUCCCGAACAAUGGGCGGUGUCGGCACACAAGGCACGCCGGUCAUUGUGCUUUGCGGAGGGGCCGAUGCGACGCAGGAAGAGCUUUAUUUCGCCUUUGUUUCCGCCGGCCUGAACCUCGGAUAUGCGGUGGUGACGUUCGACGGGCCCGGCCAGGGCAUGAUGCUGAAGAAGCACAAGAUUGUCAUGCGGCCCAACUUCGAAGCUGUCACCGCCCGGGUCCUGGAUCAUAUCCAACACAUGGCGGCUGGCAAUCCGAACCUGCGACUCGACACGGAUCGCAUGGCCGUCAUGGGUGUAUCGAUGGGUGCCUACUACGCGCUCCGCUCAUCCCUCGAUCCUCGCGUCAAGGCGUGCGUCUCGAUCGACCCGUUCUACGGACUGUGGCGCCUCGCCUUGACGCGUAUGCCCACGUGGUAUGCCAAGAUGUGGACGUCGGGGUGGUUGCCCGAGCAGGUGUUCAACGCAUCCAUACACCUGCAGAUGAGGCUGCACUUCCCCACGCGCUGGGAGUUUCAGCUCGGCAUGGCCAUGAUGGGCACGUCGACGCCCGGAGACACAUUGCGGCGCUUCCAACAGUUUGACCUGGAUGCCGCUUCGGAUGGCAAAGGAAGCAUUGUAGGGAGAAUCCGUUGCCCGGUGAUGCUGACGGGCGCAUCCAGGUCUGUGUAUGCCACGGCGGAUGAAAGCACGAUAGCCAUCUACAACGGCCUGUCCCAGGUGCCCGACCUUCUGAAAGAGGUGUGGAUCCCUGAGGAGGUUGGGAACGGCGGGCUGACGGGCAAAGUCGGUGCUUGGGGGUUGCUCGCACAGAAGAGCUUCCAGUUCCUCGAUAAAUCGUUGCAUGUCGUCCGUGAACCGAGCGGAGGUAAUUGUCAGAUAUCACAGGCGUCAAAGGAAACAGCUCCUCAGUGUUGAUGGACCCUGAGGGAGCUGAGGUCAGGAGGUAGGAAUUCUCAUCGGCGCGUCUACGGGCAUACCGUGGGCAGCAGAUAAAUACACACGAGAUAAUAUUCGUAGAAACGAAAGGAUCGAC